CCAGUGAUUGAGGAUAAUUGUUGACUAAUAUUAGCGGUGAGUUUCAUCUCUGUACUAUCAAUCCGUGGUUCUCUUGAGCUUCCGGUGCAUUGUGUAUGUGAAGGAAGAGUUCAUUCAAAAUGACGAACUCAAAAGGUUAUAGGAGAGGUACAAGGGAUUUGUUUUCUCGCAAAUUCCGUAAACAUGGAACGAUUCCGCUGUCUACGUAUAUGAAAGUGUACAAAGUUGGUGAUAUUGUCGACAUUAAGGGCAAUGGUGCUGUUCAAAAGGGCAUGCCAUACAAGUUCUACCAUGGAAAGACAGGGCGUGUCUUCAAUGUGACACCUCAUGCUUUGGGAAUCAUUGUAAAUAAACGCCUUCGAGGGAAGAUAAUCCCUAAGCGGAUCAAUGUUCGUAUUGAACAUGUGACUCAUUCCAAAUGCCGAGAGGAUUUCAUAAAACGAGUGAAGGAAAACGAGCGUCUGCGAAAGGAAGCAAUGGAAAAGAAAAUCAAGGUUGAAAUGAAACGAAAGCCUGCUCAGCCACGACCUGCCCAUAUCAUCAGUGGGAAAGUAGAACCUAUAAUGCUGGCUCCAAUACCUUAUGAAUUCAUUGCAUAAAUUGUAUUCAUUGACAUAUGCUUUCUCUAAUAAAUUCAGUUAGCUGAAAUGAAAUGUA